CCCAGAUCACCCCGAGUUUGAAGCGAUUUAUUCCCUAAACACAGAGUUUAGUGUCUGUUUUGGUGUCAUGGCGGAGGAGGAGCUCCGGGGGCGGGAGCAGCGGGCCGCGGCCUGAGCUGUGCCCGGGAUCAGGCGCCUCUGGGCGGGCACAGACUCACAGCCCCGCGGAGCUGCGCCUGGAUCUGAUCUGCGGUUCUGAUAGAACUUAUUAUUAUUAUUAUUAUUAUUGAAGACUGAAAUGCAAAGCUCAUAAAUAAUAUUUAUUUUAGCCUUUUCUUUGGACCAAUAAAUAAUAUAAUAAAAAUGUACAGCAGCAGUUCAUCCCUCACCUCGAAUACUUAAAUUAUUUAAAUUAACACAUGACACAAGUGAAGGCCUGGAUUUUAUAACUCUAAAAUUAACCCUAUAAAUAAAUAAAAAAAAUUAAAAAAAAAGUAUAAUAGACGGAUGGUGAAGGCCCAGUUCAUCAUUCUGAGAUGUUUUAUGGGGUUUCCCUGUGACGCCGCUGUCCGCCUGCAGGGGGCGCUAUGGGUCUGACUCUGGGAGACUGGGAGCGUCUGUCUCCGCUCAGACCCGAGCGUCUCCGAGCAUCAGUCCGAGGAGAGGCGAUGCUGCAGCUGCCACACCACAGCCCCUGACCCCGAGCAUUCACGGCCCGCGACAGGAGCACCAUCCGCCCGGGAGAGGAGCACCAUCCGCCCGGGAGAGGAGUACCAUCCGCCCGGGAGAGGAGUACCGAGAGGCCGAGGAAAGCAGCAGCGAGGCCGGGGAGAGCGUCAGGGAGCCCGGGCUGGAGUUUUAUUUCUUCGCCGGUGUGGUUCUGUGUUCUGUCCGCGCUUGGAGACUCUGCCCCGGUGACUGUGGGUUCGUUUGACCCGCAGGAGCAGCUCUCGGGCCGGGGACAGACUGAGGCAGAGCCCGGGCGGACAGGGGGAAACUGUAGCCGGAGAGGGGCUGCUCUGGGUCGGCUGGAUUCUCGCGUCAGCCCCGGUGGUUCUGGAGGAUGAAGAGGAGCGGGCAGAGCAGGCGGGUGGUCCAGGAGGUGGCGCUGGUGGGUCCGGUUCCUGAUAAAGUGGGCUGGGUCAGACAGUUCUGUGGGCGUGGCCUGUUCAGGGAGCUGUGGAAGAACCGAUACCUGGUCCUGAAACGAGACCGACUCUGGGUCUGCUCCAAAGAGGUGAAGGACGAGUGUCGGGCUCAACUCGUCUUGGAUUUGUCCAAAUUCGAUCGUUGUGAAGAAAUGAAGAAAGAAAAAAGUCGCAGCAAAAAAAACCACAGUCGCUUCAUCCUCCAGAAAAACACCAGCACGAAUACUGUCCACACUCUGGUCUUUGUGGCUCUGAGUCCUGAGGAGAAAGAAUCCUGGAUCCAGGUCCUGAACUCGGCCAUCACCCGAGCCAAGAGCCGACCCCGAGACCCCGCCUUAGACCAGGUGGCGCUGGAGGACGUGUCUCUGGUACAUUUGACAAAGGAGCGGGUUCGUGUUCCUGUGGGGCGCAGACUCCCGUCACGAGGACACCUGCUCACUGUGGCGUCGUCGUCUUGUGGGGCUCUGAGCCUGGACUUGGUCUCAGAGGACGACUUGUGGAGCAGAGGAUCAUGGGAGCGGGGCGUGCACGUGGGGGGGGGGCGUGCACGUGGACUGCAGGGUGGGGGGGGGCGGCAGAGGGCGGGAACCGACGUGUCCAAACUCAGACCCAGAGAGACCCGGGUCAAGACCGGGACCAAGACCGGGUCUCUGCCCCGAGCCAGCGAGAGGAACUGGGGCCGAGGAGAAACCAGCAAAGUCCUGAAGAACCGAGGCCACGCCCAGGUGUUUAAGGGUCAGAGUCGGACUCCUCAGCCCGGGAAGAAGCUCAGUUCUCAGGGAAGAAACCGCUGUGCGUCCAUGGACCAAGUCCUGACCUCCAGACCCGGUCUGGUCCGGUCCGAGCUCCGGUCUGAGGAGGCUCCUGUGGGGCAGCUCCAGAGUCUCAUCGCUCAGAAGAUGCAGAGAGCCCAAGAACUGCUGGAGGAGAUGAGACUGCAGGAGCUACAGAAAACCAAGGCUCAACGAGAACGAUCCACCCACAAGAACUCGCCCAAGAACCAGACCAAGACCCAGAACCAGACCAAGACCCAGAACCAGACCAAGAUCCAGUCCAGGUCUGGAGGAUCUGCAUCUCCACGAGUCAAGACCAAAGACUCUCCUCAGACCAAGACCAAAGCCAGAGACCAGACCAGGGACCAGACCAGGGACCAGACCAGGGACCAGACCAGGGACCAGACCAGACCAGACCAGAGACCAGACCAGGGACCAGACGACCAGGGACCAGACCAGGGACCAGACCAGAGACCAGACCAGAGACCAGACCAGGGACCAGACCAGAGACCAGACCAGGACCAGACCAGGGACCAGACCAGGGACCAGACCAGGGACCAGACUUGUCCACAAUCUUCACCAAACCCAGACCAAACCAAACCACGUGAGAGUCGAUCCAGAUCUGGACCAGAACCAGAUCUGGGUUUGGAGAAGAACCAGGAGGGACCGAAACUGGACCAGAACCACGGCCCAGAAGAGAAAGAGUCAGAAGAGAAACCAGGUCUAAACCAGGACUUGGAGGAGGUCCUGGAGGAGGACUCGGACCCGGACCAGGACCCGGACCAGGACUCGGCUCAGGACCAGGACCAGGACUCAGACCAGGAGCAGGACCAGGACCAGGAGCAGGAGCAGGAGCAGGACUCGGACCGGACUCCCGGUGUCCAGGAGCAGCGUGCAGAGGCGGAGCGUCUCCUGCAGGAGGCGCUGUGCUCCUGGAAACAGGCCCAGGAGGUUCUGAGGGAAGUGAAGGAUCUACAGAGUCAAACGCUCAGGAGACAGAGACGCAAGACCUACCAGAACCUGAAACCGGACCAGGACCAGGACCAGGACCAGAACCUAAAACCUGACAGAGACCAGAACCAGGAGCAGAACAGAGACCAGGACAAAGAUCCAGGACUCAACCAGGACCAGACCAAGACCGAGAGCAGGACCGACCCGAGCCCAGGAGCAGCUACAGACGAAGAACCAGACCAGAAUCAGACCAGAACCUGCUCACCUGAGGGGGCGGGGCCGGGGGCGGGGCCACAGGACACAGACGGCCAAUCCUAACACAGCAUCUCAGCCACUUCCUGUAACAUCCCGAGUGUGCGGACGUGACCCGGCUCCACCCGCUCUGGCUCCGGUUCUGUCUGUGUGUGACCUUUGACCUUUGACCUUUGACCCCGCUCUCUGUACCUGCUGCUGUCAGGCUCCUCCCCCUGACCCCUGACCUCUGACCCCGGGGUUUGAACUUCAGCGUUUUGUCCAGAUCAGGAUCUGAACAUGAAGAACUGACCAAUCAGACGCCUCCUUUCCCCGAGGCCCCUCCCACUGCCUUAGCAACAGGUUUGAUUGACAGCGUUGCUAAGGGAGGGGGCGUGACCUUCACCAGCCUGGCUCCUGAUUGGCUCUUUGGUUGCCAUGACACUCGCUUCAACAUCGUCUUCCUCCGACAAACAAACAAAUAAACAAACAAACAAAUAAACAAGCUCCAGUGCGGAACAUUCCCUCUCGGUAGAACAGUUAAAGCUCCAGUGCGGAACAUUCCCUCACGGUAGAACAGUUAAAGCUCCAGUGCGGAACAUUCCCUCACGGUAGAACAGUUAAAGCUCCAGUGCGGAACAUUCCCUCACGGUAGAACAGUUAAAGCUCCAGUGCGGAACAUUUCCUCACGGUAGA